UGAAAGCUCAUUUAUAGAACAUCUCAGGUUACUUUGUAGUUUCAGGGUAAAUAGGAUUUUUGCGUGUUUACCAGUAGCCAAGUGUUCCUGCUGCGUGGUGCUUUGCUGACGAGUGGGACUGUGGUCUGUGAGCAGGCUCUGUUAUUUAUUAUUAGCAAGGAUGAUAACGGUGGCAGCAGAUUGACUGUGUCUCUGGCUCAUCCGUGUUUAUCCGCAUCCCAAGAACUCCGUCCCCCUCAGCAUCGCCACCUGACAGAUGAGCUGUGAGCUACUCAGGGAUGUUUGGCUCUGCAACGUUUCCCAGUCAAUUCCUCUCCCUUCCACAGCCGCAUCCCUCUCCCUUAGCAAACAGCUGAUCUUUCACUACUCUUUGGUUCCCCGGACAUUUAUUUUUACAGCUUUUGUUUAUUUAAAAACAAACACACAAAAUAAUUAGCAACGAGAGCCCAGAUCAAGGAUCCAAAAAUAGGGAACCCAAGAGAGACCGAAAGCUCUCAUCCUGGCACGCGAAAACAUUUUUAGGUGAUGAAGACUUUAAAAAUCCCAGCUAAAAGCAACAACAGCAAGAAAAGCAACCCAAAGACAUCUGCAAAGAAAAAUGGCAAACACAGCACACAGUGAUUAUCAUCCGUCACGGAAGCUCAAACCCCAGGCAAAAAUAGCGUUGGGCAGAGGAUGCUGUGCAGCACGGCAUGGGGCAGCCGCCCCACGUCGCUGCCUGUCCUCCCACCCCACUGCUCAGGGAAGGGGUCCCUUGUGGGGCCAUGCGGUGACAUCCAGGCCCUCGGAGCCCUGUGGUGACAUCCAGGCCCUUGGAGCCCUGUGGUGACAUCCUGGCCCUCGGAGCCCUGUGCCGGCAGCCGGGUCGGACACGAGUUGCUCCCGGGAUGGACGCGGUCGCUGACCGCAGCACGGCGGAGGGUGCGCAGAGGGAAGAUGGGAGGACGCAUUCUGCCUCCCCAGGGAGCUGCAGCCCUGCUGGCCCCAAGGGGUUGUCCUCCUCCAGGGCUUCAUGUCCAGCCCACUUUAGGUGGAUCUUCAUGCCCCCAUGACUGCGUGUCCCGGGGAGACCUCCUCCACUCGGCAAAGAGAGGAGGAUGUGCACCGCGUGGUGGUGGAGCUCAUGGAGGAACCUGCUUCUAAGUAGAUGUUCUUUUUCCCAUUAAAUAGAAGAAUAGGAGAUGGGUGGGCAACACCAGAAAUUAUUUAUAAUUUAAAUCCCAGAGCAUUUGUAGGAGUUGCCUCCCCUAGUUCCCUCCUUUUAUGACAGCCAGAUGGAUUAUCUGUGUCCCUUGUGGAGACUUUGUGGGGAAAGGUCUUCAAUCCCAUCAGCUUUCCUCUGGCUGUCCUUCUAUAAGAGCAUUACUUAGACAGUAAACACCUAGCUGAAGUUUAAAUUCCUUUGCUCCCCUGCACUUUUUAAACAGUGAGUGAAUUAGGAUUUCUGUUCUACUUGGCGAAAGGAAGGCGGGGGCUCCUUAUCUGCUCCGCUGUGCUGUUGUUAACAGGGGAGACAUUGCCAGACUAUCUGGAGCCUCUUCUCUUGUAAACUCGUCUCUUUGUCUGUCUGGCCUUUGUGGGCAAUGCUAAGCCAUGACAGCAGUCCUGAGCGGUGCUCGGAGUGGUCCAGGGGAGAGCGUGGUCUGGGCAACGCUGUCUCCCAAACUUCUGCAGCAGACAGCUCUGUGUGAAGUUACGUCUUAACGUAGUUACAUGUUAUAAAGCUGUGCUCCCACAUGGGGACAGAUUCAGGUUGAUGAUGCUGAGCGCCCUGUCAAACAUGAAGCACUGCAUGGCCUCUCUCCGUCAUCUGAGUUUGUCAAAACACUUAAAUGGAGUUGUUUUUGUCCUGGCAGCCCGUGUGCUGUGCUAGGUGUUGUGUGUCCUCCAGCCAGCGCAGCGCUGGGGAUGGAGUACAAGGCUGGUGUAAAUGCGGUAUCGUGGUAUGUGGUACCAUAUGGUAAAUGUGGUACCAACUAUGGAUGAGACUGUGGGCUCCUCAACAGCAAGAUGCCACUUCCACUGCCGGGAGUGUGCGCGUCUCACGUGAAUGAACAUGAAGCCACAGUAGUCAUCCAUCCAGGUUUGAUUAUAAAUACAGACGGUUUUCCUAAACAGAUUUUAAGAUUGCGCUGUGUCGGGUUUCUGCUGAGCUUUCCUUCACACAUGGCAAGCUUCCCCUGGGGAAUUGACGGUGUCUGCAGAAAUCUGCCACUUCCACUGGUGUGCUGGGUGUGCAGUGGCCACUGCAGUGUGAUCUCUCCACCUGAACUCAGCUAUGGAACGUGAACAUUUGCAGGGAGUCCCUACAAGCACAUCGCUCUUGGUGACAGGUUUGCAUACCCCAGACAGCAGAGAUGCUCUUGUCUCGUGUCGGGAGCUGGGUGCAGAGAAUCUGCUGCUGAUCAGCCCCUGGUGGGGAUCGACCUUAUCACACCCAAGUGCCCCCAUCUAACUGAGUGGUUACAAAGAUGGAUCACAUGCAAAACUCUAAAAUCUCACUCCUGAGGCUUUCUGUAGGACUCACGCUGUAUUCAACUGUUGGGGAAGGAUCUUCACAUGAAGAUUGAUGGACUUGAUGACGAGAUGCGCUUAGGCAGGAAUUGCUGACUGCAAAUAAGUGGCUGGAGAAUGAUCUGUUAGGAAGGUAUUGCAUGGGAAAGGACAUGAAAGUUAGAAAGCAGGGAAUCAGCAAAACACACCAAUUAAUGCUGAAAAAGAGCAAACACAGUAACAGCAUUCAUGGAGAGGAAUGCGAUGUGUAAGGCAGGGGAAGGAGCCCUUGCUCCCAGCACACUGCGCAGGAUGGGUGCGGGAGGGACCGCGGGGCUCCCGGGAGCAGCAGCCGAGCGGAGCUGGGACAGGCUGGGCUCCGGGCUGCGUUUGUGGUGCUGCUCUCCAGACACAGGACCCACUGCAGAAAAGAGAGCGAUAAACAGAUCUCAGUGUUUGUUUGGAGUGGGAAGAGAAGGCACAGCAAUAAAAUGCAGCAAGAAAGAUUUAGGGUAGAGCCUAGAAUAAUCCCUACGUGUGGUCCCCCUGGGAGACAGUGUGAGGAAGAUGCGGAAUCUCCAUCCCCAUAUGUCCUCUGCAGCAGGUUAAAAUAUAGUUGGUUCUGAUUAAACAGCUCCUCAGGGUCUCUCUGCAGCCCUUCUUCUCCAUCUGAUUUUUCUCUCCAUGGCCUAAGAAUCUGGUUUAUAGUCUGUCUGAAGAGAAAUGUGACGCUGAAACAACUAAAUGACAGACCUAGCAGAUUUUCUUGGUAGUAUUUUUUUUGCAUCCCCCCCCCCCCCUUUUUUUUUUAAGUGACAAAUGGAACCUUCCUGUGGGAAAAGUCUGUUUUCUGUGGAGUGUGUUUUUUGUGGGAAAGCUAAAAUCACAAAGAAAACUCAUGGGGAAAAACGGUUUACUUGCUGGAUCUGGGCACCACAUUGUAAAAGAGAUAUAAAGCUACUGGAGAGUGUCCAGAAGAGGCUACGGGGUCGGUGAAGGGUUUGAAGGGGAAGCUGUGUGAGGAGCGGCUGGAGUCACUGGGGUUGUUCAGCCUGGAGGAAACUGAGGGGAGAGCUCAUGGCAGUCACAGCUUCCUCACAAGGGGACAGGAAGGACUGACACCGAGCUCUCUGGUGACCAGUGACAGAGCCCAGGGAACGGCAGGAGAUGUGCUGGGGAGGGUCAGUUGGACAUGGGGAAAAGGUUCUUCACCCAGAGGUGCUGGACACUGAACAGGCUCCCCAGGGAGGUGUCACGGCCCAACCUGACAGUGUUCAAGAAGAGACUGGACAACGUCCUCAGACACACGGGGUGACCUGUGGGGUGUCCUGUGCAGGGACAGGAGUUGGACUCGAUGAUCCUUGUGGGUCCCUUCCAGCUCAGGACAUCCCGUGAUUCAUUCUGUGAUCUACUGACUUGAUGGUGAUCAGAAGUUUUAUUGGAUUUGCCAAGUUGGUGCUUAUGAUUUUGAUGCUGUUAUUCAUGAGGGUGUUAUUCCUUUGAAUCAAAAGCAUGGUUAAAUAUAAUAAACAAAAGAUACAGAUAACCGGGGAGGAGAUUGUCUUGGUUCAGUGUUUCCUGCUUCCCUGUACAGAGGCACUUUGUGCUGGUUGCCAUGGGUGUUUCUGAAGGGUGCGUUGCAACCAUGGCUACUCCUGCCUUCUUCCUGAGUGCACCCAGGAUGCAUAUCCAAAACCUCUUGGUGCUUAUUCAGCGUAUGUUUCCUGGCAGCUCCCCCACCCUGUGAGCCCAGGGCUACCUGGGAAGGUAGAGAAACAAAGACGGACUUAGUGCAUGGCGAGGGUUAAUCUUCUUUGUGCUGCUCCUUUUCACGGUGGGCUUUGGAGAAGCUAUUGGUGUGUCUGCCCUGGGCUGGCUCCUGUCCCCACCAGGUGGGAGAUGCUCAUUCCCAGCAAGCAGGUGGCUGGGAGAGUACUGGGCUGCAGGAGCAUCAUCGCUCUGGUGCAGGGAAUAGCUGGGGAGCAGGGCCUGGGCACUAUUUGUUCAGCCAAGAUAAAGGACUUUACACUUCUCUCUCUCCCUCUAAGGUGGAUUAUUGUAUUUUUUUUAAUGUUCGCCAUCAUUCACUAAAUAGGGGGCUUUUAUAAGAACACAUCUGUAAUUUCUUUCAUUAGCGAUGUAUGUGCAGACACAAGGUUUUGGGUAGUCACCAAUCACACCACUUACUGCUUAUUGUAAUGUCCCAACACUUUCCCUCCCCCCUCGCCACCCCAAAGCAAUUAGCAGGAAAUUCAGCUGCUGCCUGAAUGGACACAUUUUCAGCAAUCUUCCUUAAUUCUUUAUUUACUGUAAAAUAAGCAGGAAAAAAAGGUGAAAUCUAUUCCUCUUCCAAGGAUGGAUUCGUUUUCAUCACAUCUCAGACUCUCUCCCCUGCCCCUUCCCCAGCUCUAUUCCGAUUUCCGAUGAGCUGUGAUGAAAAGCAGGCAGGAAAACAUCUGAUAGCUGCCCAUGAAUUCCUCGAGUGAACACGUUUCAGAGGUAACGAGCGUGACAAAAUCAGAGCUAUUCUCAACCAACACUUGGAGCUGAUGCUGUCCCUUCUGCAUUAGACAGUGACUGGUACUGAGUGACUGAAACUUCUGGAUCGUUUGUAGCAGGACCUGGUGUAAUUUCCUACCAUGAAAAGCAAAAUUAAAUGCCCAGUGCUUAUAAUAAUGCAGGUUUUUAGCAAUGGGGAUGGGGCAAGGUGAAGCCAAGGCGGUGGGUGUCACAUUUGCUGGGCACUCAUGUCCAUCACCCACCGUGUGUGACGCCGGGCUCCUCAUUUGCGGGGUCUGACUGGAGCAGCUGGUGUCACUGGGGACUGUUUACAUGAGGCUCAAUGGGAAAUCAGUUCUGUAAACACUGCCAAAGGAGUGGAUAUUAUUUAUUUAGUGUGAUAAUGCAACAGCGGUGCGUUAGUCAAACAGUAAUUAGCAACAGGUCAUGCUGUAAUUAGGGAGUCAGUUGCAGCUGGCUGCCUCUUAGUGCCACCAGUAAGUCAGCAAGUAUUGGGGGUCCUUAGGGGAUUAGUUUGGGAAGCAAGUGCUUUCAGGCACAGUUAGGACUGUUUGUGAACACGUAGAUCUUUUUCUUUGUCUCCCUUUAUCCUAUCAAUUAUCGCAACACAAGGCUCUGAAGGGGCACUUGCCUCUCUCUUAGUUGCAUGAAAUCUUGAACAAAAGCUCCAAACAGCUCUCUUGAGUGAUUUAAUCUCAUCUGAAAGAGCUUGAAGUCUCAGGGAGUACAAAGGAGUAAUUCUUUUCUCUCCUCUUACAAAGGGGAGAGACCUGUUCUUCAAGCACAGGUCUGUAUUUUACAUAUGUAUUUUUUCUUUUCCCUUCUUCUUGCUUUUUUUAAAAAUCAUCUCUCCGCAGUUCUAUUGUCUGAACAUCAGAAGUUUCUCUUGCUUAGACAAGCAGUGAGAUUUUGGCAAUUCAUAUGUGAAAGGAAAGAAAAUACCUCAAUCAGUUCAACUGCAUUCAUGGUUUUUUUGCUGAAUCUUCCUUCCACUCACUGAUUUGCUGUGUUCAAAGAAUGAAGGACUGAAAUCAGUGACUAGAGAUGGCAAAUAACUACCAGGUAAAUGCCACACACAUCAGUCUGGAUACAUGACUCAAUCUUCACACCCUUGGAUGCUCCUGCAGUGCCUUUGCAUUGCAGUUUCAUCUUUGGCUUUCCCCUCCGUCAGCCAGACUGUGGGAACGGCUCCCAUUUCUGCUCUCCCUUCAUCAGAUGGGCUCGGAGAUUUUGCCGUGCAGAGAUUUGCCUCCUGAUAGGAGUGUGUUGGUCAAGCUGCGCUGCUUGGCUGCAGCAGUUGUCAUCAGUGCAAGUCAAAUAUGUGCAUCUUCUCACUUGUCUGAAUUUGCCUGGUGUCAACUUUCAGCCUCCAGAACAUCAUCUGCUAUCAGAAUUCUCCCAUCACCAGUGUCCUGUUUGUCCAGUACCUGCUUGCAGGACACACUCAAGUCCUUCUUCACCUCUCUUGGAAUAAACUAAAUAGAUUGCUCGCUAGAAAUAUCCUAUGGUAAAAACAUCUCUUCCAGUUCUUUCCUAAGGCUCAUGGCCUUUCUCCUAUGCAUUUCCAGCUAUCCAGCAUCUUUCUUACAUAUCAACAUGGAAUAAGGCACUAUAGCAGUCCCAUAACUGCUUUCUCAUUUCAAGAUCCUCCUGACAAUUACAUGACUCAGGACAAACGGCAGUAGGCGCUUGCAUUGAGCCACUGGUGAGCAGGCACCUCGUGUCCUUUUCAAAGUCAUCUCUUUCCAACGCCAAAUUGCCCUCAUCCUGUAAAUACUGCCUUUAUUUUGGCUUCCAAAUAUGUUGCCUCACCUUGGCUAUCGGAUGUGGGCAGUGCAGAUUGCUCGGUGUCUGCAUGCUGCCCCCUGAGGUAGAUCAGUCCCCCUGAUCUUGGUCACCAGCAAACCCUGAGAGAUGAUUUAAAGAGGUUUUUCCUUGACCAGGUGAAAAACUGAAUAGCAGAAGCCCCAGUAACAGAUUCCCAAGCGACAAUGAUAAACCCAGGGUUGUUAGGCAGCGUUUCCAUGUUUGCAUAUACAUUUGAGGCCUCUGACUGUGCUACGUUUAACUCUGCUCAAGAGUCCUGUACAGAGUUGGUGUUAUCUUUGCUUCUUUAUCAAAACCUCAUGUAAUACCAAUCAAACGCUUUUCUGAAGUAAGAUAAUACAGCAGUUUAUUUCAGCAGUGUUGCUGUUGAUUACCACAGAAAACAUCAAGAUGGCACACUGAUUCACGGUGAUUUGCCAAAUUCUAUUCCCUGCCUUUAAUUCUCGAUGAACUGUAUUCUUUAUGAGGCAUUUUAUUAUUGUGCUGGAGAGCAGUUUUGCAUUGAUAGGCUUAUAAUUACCUAGAUUAUCCACUUUAUUCUUUCAAAAUAUUUGUACAUUUUUUCCUUAACUCUGAUUGUCCAAGUUCACUGGAAAUCAAGGCAACCAUGUGUAAAGUUCCUUACCCAGCUCCCUAAAACAGUACUUUUAAAGAAAAAGAUGCCAUUGUCUGGACUUGCUAAUUUUGAAGCGUGUAGCAUUACCAACUGCUGUUUAACAUUUUGUUUAAUAUCCGUGGGGAUGGAAAAGUUCAUCACCACAUAAUACGCCUCCCAGAAAUAGAACAGAAGUAUUUAUGGGUGGUGUCUGCUUUUCCUGAAUCAUGGUCAACAGCGCUUCCAUUCUCCAGCUGAUCAGCUUAACUUUUAAUAUUUAUUUUCUUUGCAAUAUGCUCAAAACCAACCUGUUUUGCAGCCCACAGAUUUGUCUGCAACUGUUACUGUUCGCGGACUGUUUCCAAGCCUUUGCUGUGUACCCACAGCUACCAGCAUCCCCUUCCUUCUCAUUGCAGCAUCUUUGAAACCACGCCCCAGCUGUGACAUCCCACCCGUGUCCAGCUCCGGGGAUGUUGGGUUGACGAUCCUCUGUGCUGCGGGACUGACCUGAUGGUUAUCGCUCUCUUCUGGUUACAACUUCCCUUUUUGGUUCAGCUCCCUGUUUUCAGCUGUGUUAAAAGCAUUAGAUGUUGUCUAAACUCUUUAAUGCACAUUUGUUUCUUUGUGUAUUCCUGCUCUGGCUUUUUCUUUUCUGUUUGCUCCUCAGAAACAGAAAGAGCUGCUACGAUGACCUUUCUUACUCCAGUGAACAUUUCCUCUUUGUGUAGCUCCGUGGUGUCCCAUGCAGAAGCCUUGGCCCAAUGCAGUUGUGCUCAUCUUCUACAUGGUGCAGCAGGAUGAGAGAAUAACCCACAGCUGGUCCAGGGUAACUGGUGCUUCAUCACAUCUCAUCCUCAGUGGGAUGCACAUCCCUGAGUCCCUCCUGUAUCACGAGGAAUGAGGCCUGAAUCCCUCUGCAUUCAAGUCCUGCCAUAUUUUCAGUUCCUUCCUCCCUUUCGGGGUUUCCAGGUUCCCUGCAGAGCUGAAGUGAGUUGAUUGGGAAGCCUGCGCUUCACUAGCAACGCAAAGGGGGACAUGGUUACCACACACCCCCCCCAUCCUAGAAAGCCUGACAGAAACCAGCCUGAGGAUAUUAUUCAGGGAGCAGCAGCCUGAAAUGAGCAGAAUUUGAAAAAUGCACUUGUUCAAAGUAUGCGUGCCAGUAGAAAUAACUGUUCUCUGUGAAACAACUGAACAUGAGCUGCAUGGCAUCUCGCAGUUGCCAGGUGUCUGGUGCCAGACACAAUUAGCAUCGGGACAGCUUUUUUUACCUGGAAAAUCUGGCUGAUGAGAACUCACAGCCCACCUAAAGCAUGUCCUGUCAUUCUUUCUUUGGAAAUAACCAUUUGAAAGCAGUUUGCCCUGUGAGCUCACUUAUCCCACUUCCCAUCAGGGGUGCCGUAAGCCUCACAGCUUUAGCCCACCAAAGAGCGACCUCCAGGUCUUGUAGCUCUGAGCUUAUUUCGAUUUCUGUACUUUUAAUGACCUGAAAAGGACUGAGUAAUUUGGUAAUCAAUUUGAAAGAAGCUGAAAACACCAGCAGCAUCUUGGGAGGUGCUGAGCUCAGCUGAGUUCACUAGGAGAAGAUGCUUUCUAACCAGGGGCACACCAGCUCAACCCAUGGCCCCAGGCUGCCCUUUAUAGCCCAGCAGGGCUGAGCCUGGCUUAACAAAUUGCUGCUCUGCGAUGGGACCAUGUCUUGGUUCUAGUUGGGUUGAUGAGCCCGCAGUGCCCACAGCUGGGGCCGGGCUCGUGUGAGUCCCCACACCCUGAGUUAACAUCCCAGUCAGGAGUUGAGUCCACAGGGGUGGUUUUAACUGCUUUCUCUCACCAAAAAGUGUGUGCUCUGGUUGUUCCACUCUGCUCACCACCACAGGACGUCACCGCUUCAUUGCUGCAGGAUGACGAGGUCUCUUCUAUGGACACUGAACUCCAAGCUACCUAUGCCUGUUGCCUGUGAUGGAAGAACUUGAUGUUAAUGUGAGUUCGAGUGAGACCUUUGGCGUCGCGGAGAAGAUCGUGCUGCUCACCUUCAUCUCUGCCGUGAUCCUGAUGGCCAUCCUGGGGAACCUGCUGGUGAUGGUGUCCGUGUGCCGGGACAGGCAGCUCAGGAAAAUCAAGACCAACUGUUUCAUCGUUUCCCUGGCCUUUGCGGACCUGCUGGUGUCAGUGCUGGUGAUGCCGUUUGGAGCCAUCGAGUUGGUUCAGGACAACUGGAUCUACGGAGAGAUGUUCUGCCUGGUCCGAACGUCCCUGGACGUCCUGCUCACCACGGCAUCCAUCCUGCACCUCUGCUGCAUCUCGCUGGACAGGUAUUAUGCUAUCUGCUGCCAGCCUCUGGUUUACAGGAACAAGAUGACUCCGUUGCGCAUUGCUGUGAUGCUUGGAGGGUGCUGGGUAAUCCCGACAUUUAUUUCUUUCCUCCCUAUCAUGCAAGGCUGGAAUAGCAUUGGCAUCAUCGAUCUGAUCCAGCAAAGGCAGUUCAACAAGGCUUCCAACUCCACCUACUGCAUAUUCAUGGUCAACAAGCCAUACGCCAUUACCUGCUCCGUGGUGGCCUUCUACAUUCCCUUCCUCCUGAUGGUGCUGGCCUAUUACCGCAUCUACGUGACGGCCAGGGAGCACGCCCGCCAGAUCCGGAUGCUGCAGCGCGCGGGGGCCCCCGGCGACGGCCGGCAGCACCCCCCGGACCAGCACAGCACGCACCGCAUGAAGACUGAGACCAAAGCUGCCAAGACCCUGUGCAUCAUCAUGGGGUGCUUCUGCUUGUGCUGGGCCCCCUUCUUUAUCACAAACAUAGUGGACCCUUUCAUAAACUACACGGUGCCUGGGAAGCUGUGGACGGCGUUCCUGUGGCUGGGCUACAUCAAUUCUGGGUUGAACCCUUUCCUCUACGCCUUCCUGAACAAGGCUUUCAGACGUGCCUUCCUCAUCAUCCUGUGCUGCGGUGUUGAGCGAUACCGAAGGCCUUCCAUCCUGGGGCAGACGGUCCCCUGUUCCACCACCACAAUAAACGGAUCGACUCACGUACUAAGGUCAACCAGACGCAGCAGAAGAACGACACACAAAAAGCUUAAACCUCAUUGCUCGGAGAUCUUGCAAGUAUUUAAUCUCAGAACCAGGGAGAAACCCACCGAGAAACAGGAGCUCUUCAGCCUAGAAUUAUUAGAUACAGCAGUAGUUUUUCAGCAUCGAUUAUCAAAUCGACUUACGUCUUCUGCAGUGUUGAUACGUAUCGACAAAAAGGCAGAAUGAGCUUGUAAUUUCUGGCUCCCUUUGGGGAAUGGUGUUGAGCAGGUGGCGGGAUGUUCUUCUCAUCCCGCUGGAAAUGGCCAGAUGUGGCGGUUCACUCAGCAGCUGGAAGCCAGAGUCAUUCAGCCCAGACUUUACAGAAUUACUGGAAACCUUUCCAU